UUUACAAUGAAUCCGAAAUUUCAUAACUCAAAAUUUGCCAAGAAUAAAAAACACAAAGACUCGUUUAAGGGUCAUAAGGGUAAAAUCAAAAGAAAAGAGUUAUACAAUUCGAAACCUAAGUCAUCGGCGAUUAUUGAUGCGGAAAUAUCCGAGUUAAAAAGUCGAUAUGAAUCUAUCAGCUCCAAGACUGUUCAAAAGUUUUCAGACUUUCCUUUGUGCAAGAAAACUCUUGAAGGCCUGCAGUCUGCUAAGUAUGAUGUUCCGACUGAAAUACAAAGAGAGGCUAUUGGACUGGCACUACAAGGACAUGACAUACUGGGAGCAGCACAGACAGGAUCUGGAAAGACUUUGGCCUUCCUUAUACCGAUACUGGAAUGUUUGUACAGACUCAAGUGGAGUCAGAUGGAUGGGAUGGGAGUUCUGAUUAUCUCCCCUACACGUGAACUAGCAUACCAAACAUUUGAGGUUCUGAAGAAAGUUGGAAAAUUACAUGACUUUUCUGCUGGACUUGUCAUUGGAGGAAAAUUUCUGAGGGAGGAGGCUGAGCGGAUCACACACACGAACAUCGUCAUCUGUACUCCCGGCCGACUGCUGCAGCACAUGGAUGAGACGUACAACUUCACGGCAGACUCGCUGCAGAUCGUAGUGUUAGACGAGGCAGAUCGGAUCCUCGACAUGGGUUUUGCUCAGACAAUGAAUGCUAUAAUAGAGAAUCUUCCCAUUGAGAGACAGACGUUACUCUUCUCGGCCACACAGACAAAGUCAGUGAAAGACUUAGCACGCCUCAGUCUCAAAGAUCCCAUGUAUGUGUCGGUGCAUGAACAUGCCAAGCACAGCACACCUGCCAAACUUGAGCAAAGCUAUGUUGUUUGUGAUCUUCACGACAAACUGAAUUUGCUGUGGUCUUUUAUCAAAAACCAUCUCAAGACAAAGAUUCUGGUCUUCAUGGCCUGCUGCAAAGAGGUGAAGUAUCUGUGUGAAGCCGUCAGGAGACUAAGACCGGGUGUUCCAGUGUUGGCAAUGCAUGGCGGAAUGAAUCAACUCAAACGGGUGGCGGCGUACGACCAGUUCUGUAACAAACAACACGUCGUUCUCUUUGCAACCGAUGUGGCUGCAAGGGGCUUGGAUUUUCCUGAAGUGAACUGGGUACUUCAGCUAGACUGUCCAGAAGAUGCCAACACAUAUAUACACAGAGUGGGCCGGACUGCCAGAUACCACAAGGAUGGUGAGUCUCUUCUGGUGCUGUUACCUUCAGAAGAAGACGCGAUGGUUAAACAGCUACAACAGAAAAAGAUUCCAAUAACUAAAAUCAAAGUGAAUCCCAAGAGACAGCUGAGCAUUCAGGCCAAGCUCCAGUCUCAGUGUGCAGCCGACCGUGACCUCAAGGAGAGUGCCCAGAGAGCGUUUGUCUCCUACCUUCGAGGUGUGUACCUGAUGAGCUGCAAGGAUGUCUUUGAUAUCAGGAAAUUGGACACCGACAGUUUUGCCAGUUCCCUUGGCCUUGCAAUACCACCUAGAAUUCGUUUCCUGCAACGUGAUGAGAAGAAAAGACAGGAACGACUGGCUUACAGCGAGCAGCAGGAGAAGAAUCGGGUUAGUCGGAAACAGGACAAGAAUGUGAAAAUCCCUUCACAGGUCAGAAAGCAUGCAGAUGAUGAUAGGAUCUUGAAAGAAGAUAACUCUUCCUCUGAUGAGGAAUCGGACCGAGAUGAGAGCGAUUUUAGCAGAGACUCUGAUGAGGAACUUGACAGAAGAAAAAGCAGCAAUAAAAACCAAAAAGAAAAUAAGAUUUCCAGUAAAAGUGUUCCUAUGAAAAUGGCUUCACAAAAUAAAGAAGCUCCGAAUUUAGAUAGUGACAGUGAUGCAGCUGAUAUUGUGACUAGGAAACCGAAUAAACUAAAUUCUAGUGAUUCAGAAGAAGAAACUGCAGAUUUGGAAAAAACAAAGAACAUUAAGUCAAGAACAGGGGAUACAUACAGGUUUGAUGUCUGUGAGGAUGAAGAUGAGGACUUGUUCAAAGUGAAGCGCAGAACAGAUUUGGAGGAAAGCGAUCAUGAAGAAGAGUUGAUCACUUUGCCUAAAACCAGCAAAAAAAGCAAGAAGAAGGUGACCAAAAUAUCUGAAGCCAAGAAGUUGUUGAAGAAACAAAUCAAACUGAACACUAAAGUAGUUUUCGAUGAUGCUGGGGAAGUCGUGACUGAUCCCCAUCGAGUUCCUCAGGCCACUGUUGUUGAUGAUAACGCUGAUGAUGUUGGAGGACUGGACAUCUCAACAGCAAGGAAAAGAUUGGCUGAAGAAGACAAGAUUGACAAACAGCUCUUCCACCAGAGAGUCAAGCAGACUCAUAGAGAAAAGCGUCUGAAAGAGAAGGAGAAACGAAGAGCCAAGAGGAAGCGAACCAGUCCAGAUGCUGAACCAGAAGCAGUGCUAGACGUUAACAGUGAGGAAGAGAAGUCUUUCCUCGAUGACCUCCCAGACCCAGAUAAGAUCUAUGGCCCAAAGGCUGACAGUGGAGAGUCAGGAGAGGAGUUUGAGAAGACACAGGAAAGUGAGGAUGAGGAGGAAGAUGGUGAUGCUGGGAGACCUCCAGUUAAGAAACAGAAGCGACAGUCGGUGGCUGAGUCUGAACCGAGCAGUGAUGAAGACAUCUCUGAGGAUGAGAGUGAUGAAGGGGACUCGAGACUUGGUGUCAGUUCAUCACUCUACGAUGAUGAAGCUAUGGCACUUAAGCUACUGGGAAUGUGAUUGCAAAAUAAAAUAUUUUUACUAAA